AUGGUCAAGUGGUCAAGGUUUGGUCAAGGCUGUAGUGGAUCAGAGUUGGCAACCCUAGCUCUAAUUCGACACAAAAGUUGUGUUCAUUUGAAUGAAAAGUUAUUUGAAUGCAGUGAAGAAAAUUGUGGCAAAAGUUUCGCUCGUAAUCAACAUUUAAUUCAACACAAACGCAUACAUUCGGGAGAAAAACCAUUUGUUUGUCAUUUCAACGAUUGUAACAAAACUUUUUACUCUAAAAGUCAAUUAAAUGAACACAUGAAACGACAUCUGAAUAUAAAAAGCCAUAAAUGUAUUCAUAAUAACUGUAAUCAACGCUUUGUUACAUCAAGUGAAUUGAAACAACACGUUAAGCAUAAACACAUUUAA